AUGCCGAAAGUUUCGGCGAAAAAGUUCGUGUUAAUUGGUAUUGAAGAUGAUAGCGACUCGAAACAAAAUCUGCGAAGACUUCGUCGUUAUUUGAACAGCCAUAAAAUGAAAUAUGUUUGCUCUUCAAACCCGUUAGAAAUGGCGGAAUAUUUGGACAAACUGCAGAACAACAAUCUAGCAUUUCAAGAUUAUAGCGACAACGAAGAAGAUGUUGAACAUCUAGCUGAUGUUAAAAAUCCUCCGAUCACGCCCAAUUUGAAUUCAUCAAAUCAAGAGUUGCUCGAACAAUGGGCACGCGGAACUUUCUCAGAGGGUUCUGAAGAAAUGAAACUACUGUUCGGCGCAUCGUCUCAGGAUCAGGAGACAUCUACACAAGAACAAGAUGCGGGUGCAGCCUUAGCCAAAACUUCGAUUGAAAUUCCACAACUAUUCACCAUGCAUUCCAUUGAACCAGACGAGGGAGUGGACAAUGGUAAAGACGAGGGACAGGAUACGGUUAAUUGCUUAAUUUGCGAAUGCCCAGUCGGAAUCGGUCGGAACCGGAACACCAGAAUCAAGAGACAAGCUGAGCACAUCAUACACAGUCAUCCUGAAGACGAGUUCCGUGGUGUUGAAAUUUCGAAGCGUUAUCAGUGCUUACAAUGCAAUAGAAUUCUUCCGGUGUCGAAAUCACCAUGCGAUCACAUUGGUGAACAUCAUGGUAACGAUGCUUGUGAAACUGAAUUCCGGGAUUUAUGGACCAAAAGUCAGUUGUCGCGAUUCAAUGUGAUAUUGGAAAAGUGUUUCAAUCGACAUCUACCUGUUCCACGAAGCCGAAGAUUUCGAAAAGAAAAUUCUGAAGCACCUUCUUCAAAGGCAUCAUAUCGAAUUGUCCAAGGAGAUGAAGUUCUUCAGAUUAACACAGUCAUAGAAAAGGCUUAUCCAGCUAUAAUUGAGACUGUGAUUGAUUUUUGCUAUGAUUUUCAGGCUGAAAAUGAUACCACAGGUAUCAUUACCAUUGAGGAUGAAUCAUCUACUCCAAGCGCGGGAGAAAGUUCGGAUUCCAAUUAUACCGAUAAUAUGAGAGCCGAACUUUAUGAAAUCGACGACUCAGAGAGCAAACAGGCAGAUAUGGAGGGUGCUGAUUACAACUACGAAGAUGAGAUGAUAUAA